AUGACUAAAAUAUAUUGUAUCCUUCUUUGUACAGAACCGAAUGUAAUGAAAUCGGUUAGAAAUGGUGAAAAACUUGAAGGUUAUUUGAUAGAAGCGACUACAACCAGCCUGAUGAAUUGUGGUAAAGAAUGUGUUUAUCAAACGAAUUGUUUAUCGUUUAAUUACAAUACACAAACUGGAAGAUGUGAAUUAAAUCGUAAUGUUAAUUCAUCUUCAUCUCCCUUAAUCAGUUCUCCGGGAUUUUUAUAUUCCGACAAAUCUAAUUGGAUAAAUGUUGUUACUGAUCCCUGUCGAGAUGUUACUUGUUUGGAUAAUGAGAAAUGUGUUGUGAAGAAUGAUACGGGUGUUUGUAUAAAAUAUGACUGUUAUAUUCCAUCGGAAAUGUUAUAUUCUGGUGAACCGCUUUAUUCUGGAACGGUUACCGAAUAUGACGCAGUUUAUUCUUGUUCGGGCCCUGGGGUAGUUCGAGAAGACGUGACAUUGACCUGUGAACAGAAUGGACAUUGGGUAGGUGGACAGUGUAGAAAAAUAUCCUCCUGUUUACAAAUUAAACAAUGUGAGAAAAAUUAUACUGAUGGAGAAUUUUGGCUUUAUCCAUUAAAAUAUAAUAAUACAGAGAGGGUUAAAAUCUAUUGUGACGGUCUCAAUACCACAACGCCAAAAGAAUACGUUUCCUUGCCCAAGGGUAACGUGGUCGUUUACUCAAAAUAUAUCAUAGAUAAUACAAACAUUGCACUCUGUAAACUGAAAGAUUCAGAUUCGUCUGCUUGGGGGCAAUCGGAGUACUUUAAAGUCCGAGUGAUGCCAGACACAAUGAUCAUCGACCAAACCGACAAAGAGUUUGCCAAACUCAUAGAUGGAGUGCAUCAAAAUUAUGGAAUGGCUUCUGAUUGUUCACUUUUGAUUCCAUCUUGUGGACGAGCCGUUACUGGCUAUAUGAUGAUAAAUACAACCAAUACUGGAUUGAUCAUUGAUGAAUCUUUAGAUUGGGUAACGUUUGGAUGGACCCCUCAUAAACUCUAUUAUAAUAGAUCAAGUUCAUAUAUUCUAGAAGCUAAAUGUGGAGGGUAUUGUGGUGGAUGUAAAAGCGAUAGUGAUUUGAUGUUUGUCCUCGAUGACGGUUUUGAAUUGGAGAAUGAUGAAGCUAUAGAGGUGUCUUGUUGA